AUGAAAAGAGCAGAACAAGGGAUUCAGAAGGAAGGUUUUCGCAAAUCCGUACCUGGUGUCUCCAAAGACGAAGAGAAAGCCUUGAUUCAAACGCAACAAAAGAAGCAGAAGCGAAAGAGAAAUUCGUGCCCUUUGUCUUACAUAGAGGUCAUCUCGUAUGCCAUUCUAAGCUCACCGAGAAAAAGGGUUACGUUAUCCGAUAUAUACAGCUUCAUCCAAAACAACUACCCUGAAUUCACUGAGAACAGAGUGCGCUGGAAAAACACAGUCCGCCACAAUCUUUCCAUCCACGAGUGUUUUCAGCGAGGAGAAAUGGCCUUGGACAAGAGUGGAUGCUACUGGCGGAUUCAUCCCAGAUUCUUUGCCCACUUUUCCCGGGGAGAUUUUUCACGACAUAAGGAGCCACAAAAUCUACCUUGCGCUUGGGAUGGUGGAUACAGUCUUGUUGAAAACCCUGCAUUCUCUGCUCCUUGUCCCGUGUUUCCCUACCGCAUGUGUGAGCCGCCCUCGCCUUACCAUCCACAUGUUGGAGUACAACAGUAUCACAACCGAGGCAUACAUGCUUAUGGGCAACAUCCAUACUUUACGUGGAACCACUUUAUGUACUAA